AUGGACUUGAGCUUAGACGAACUUAUCAAGAGCAAACGGUCAACGUCUCGCGGUGGACGUCGUGGUGGCGGAAGACAAGGCGGUUCUAGAGGCGGCGGUGUCAAACGCGGAGGCGGUGGCGGCGGAGGAUCGAAUUUCCGAUCAAAUGGUGCUUCCGGCGGUGGUGGUGGCCCUAUCCGUAGAGGCAGGCCCAUGGCUAGGCGUUCAAAUGGAUUUAGUCCUUAUUCCAAGGGUGAUGUGAAUGGAUCUUGGACUCAUGAUAUGUACGAAGGACCUAAAAGACAACAAAUGAGGGGUGGUCUAUCUACUACCAAUAUUCAUAAGAUAGUCAUAUCAAAUUUGGAUUUUGGAGUUACAUCAACAGAUAUACAGGCAUCUUCAGCCGAUUGCAGCUUGAAGAUACCUAGAUAG